AUGGUAGAGGAAGAUCACAAGGUGGGCGAGGAGGAAAUCAUUGAGGCUGUUGAAUUCGAGGUAAUGAUAAUGCAGGUUGAUGAGCAGCGCAACCAAGCAAGGAGGUUGUAUGUCAAGAUGAAAGGGCUGAUUUUUAUGCCUUUCCAGUCUGUGACUCUAGAGAUCCCGGGUAGGGAAAAGUUAGAGUGGGAAAGGGUGUAUAUGCCUAAGCCAGCUAAGGUCAUAUCCUCCAUUCGGGCUAGGAAACUGGUGGGGAAGGGAGAAAUGUUUCCUACUGGAUUUCCUGGUAUGCCUUCGAAUAGAGAUAUAGAUUUUUGCAUUGAUUUGGAACCUGGUACCUACUCCAUUUCCAUUCCUCCUUAUCGCAUGGCUCCGACGGGGUUAAGAGAGAUUAAGGCUCAAAUUGAGGAACUUCUUGAUAAAGGGUGUGUCAGUUUUUCUAAGAUUGAUCUAAGGUUUGGUUACCAUCAGUUAAAGAUUUGGCCUGAGGAUGUACCAAAUAUGACAUUCAGGAACCGCUAUGGGCACUGUAGGGUGUUAUCUAGAAUUGAGGUUAGGGCCACAUUCAUUAAGGAGAUCAAGGCCAAACAAUUUAAGGAUGACAGUUUGAAUGAGCUCAAAAAGAAGACAGUGUCUGAGUCUCAUGGCUCGCGGUACUCUAUUUAUCCAGGUGUGACCAAGAUGUACCAAGAUUUGAAGCGACUUUAUUGGUGGCCUGACUUGAAGAAAAACAUAGCUGAAUUUGUGGCUAAGUGCCAAAACUGUCAACAUGUAAAGUAUGAGCAUCUAAGACCUGUAGGUUUUCUUCAGAGAAUGUCAAUUUCGGAAUGGAAGUGGGAAAGGAUAGCCAUGGACUUUGUGGUUGGUCUCCCCAAGACAUUGAGAAACUUUGAUUCUAUUUGGGUAGUGGUUCACAGAUUGACUAAGUCAUCCCAUUUUAUUCCAGUCAGAAUAGAUUAUAAUGCUCAGCAAAUGUCUAAGGUUUAUGUGAAAGAGAUAGUGAGGCUGUACAGGGUGACCAUUUCUAUCAUCUCAGACCGUGGGCGAAUGGCUUAUUGGUUGGCCUUACCUGUUAGCUUAUCGGGAGUUCAUCUGGUAUUUCAUGUAUCGACUUUCAAAAGGUAUCAUGGGAACGGGGAUUACAUCAUAAAAUGGAACUCAAUUUUGUUAGACAACGAUCUUCAAUAUGAGGUGGAACCGGUGGCAAUUCUUGAUCGCGAUAUCCAGAAGCUGAGGACCAAGGAGAUAAAGUAG